UAGCGACGACUGACGAGUGAGAUACUAUGCACAGUAGUAAAUGUUUAGUUGAUUUCCCAAUAAAUUUUAAAUUAAAUUUACCCCAUUUGUCUCCUCUCCAUUUCCACUCCUUUAAUUCAAACACUCCCCCCCCUUCUCCUCUCUCUCUUCUGUCAAUUUCAACCUUUUCUUCUUCAUUCUCCAUUUCUUUCCUUUUUUCUGGUAUCUCUUUAUUAUUUAUCACGUCAAUUUUCACUCACUCUCAUUCUUCUCUCAUCAGAAUUUAACAUCACUUCAUUUACCAGCAGAUUAUCGAUUAGGGACAGCUUUGCUUUUCUAGUUUAACUGUGCUACGUGGACGACAUGCCAAGAGUGAAAGGUACAGAAGGGCCUCAAAGGCCACCGCCAACUAUAAAAAAUCCACGACAUCUUCGAACCUCCAGCUCUGAUUCUGAUCCUCUUCAUCAUCGUUCAAUCACAGAAAGAAGCCCCAGGAUUGGGGACUAUCGUUCCCCAAGGGGAACUCAGUCAGAGCCAGUUUACCAAAAGAAACUUGGUACCCGUAUUACUGAUCUAGAAACUCAACUGGUACAAGCUCAGCAUGAGCUUAAGAGUCUGAAACACCAGUUAUCUUCUGCUGAAGCUGCAAGGAAACAGGCCCAAGAAGAACUACAUAAGAAGGGUAGCAUCAAGAAGCAGGUCACAACUAGAAAAGUUGUUGGGCGAGCAAAGCCUACUGCUAUUGCUGCAAUCCCAAAGAAUAACUCAAGGGACAAGCCCGGAGAUGAAGUUCCUGAAGUCGUUGAUCUAGAAACAGAUGUAUUUGAGGUCCCGGUGGAGAAAAUGUUGGUUGAGCCCAAGACUGAGGUAAGUCACUGUUCUGUUGGGGAGGAUGUGAAGGAGACCAAGUCAGAAGAUUCUUCAAUAUCAGAACCAGAAAAGCCUUCAUUAUGUGAUGAAGCAGUCUCAAAGAAUGAGGAGAUGGAUCAAAUCAGAGCCGAGAUGGAAGAGAAAGAGAAAGAAAAACAAGUGGUAAUUGAAGAAAACCAGGCACUGAAGAUGCAACUAGAUGAAGCAAAAUCGGAGAUAGAUAUGGCUCAAAAGAGAGAAGAAGAGAUGGCAUUAAAAUUGAACCAACUAGGGGAAGAUAUUGAAUUGAGCAGAGGAAAAGAAUCUCAGGUAAAGGAGAAGCUAGUUGAAGCUGAAGCAGCCAAGGAAUUGUUGGAGAUAGAGAUGAAGAAGAUGAAGGUGCAAACAGAACAAUGGAGAAAGGCGGCAGAUGCAGCUGCUUCCGUGCUUGCUGGCGGGGCAGGGACAGGGACGAAAGGACGUAUUUCUGAGAGGUGUGCUUCCAUGGAUAAUCACUUCAACAGCAUUUUUGAGCCACCACCCAUCACUGGGUUCGGUGGUUACCUUGGAUCACCAGGGGCAGGUGAUGAUCCAGAUGACAGUUUUGGGGGAGGUAAGAAAAAGGGUUCUGGGAUAAAGAUGCUAGGGGACUUGUGGAAAAGGAAGGGCCAGAAAUAAGUCUGAUGCUUGUUUGUGAAGGCCCCCUUAAUCUUGUGGGUGUUAGUGUGUUACUACAUUUGUGAGGGCACAAUGGUUUCUUACCAUUUUCUAGAUUUUGUAGUUAUUAUAGUAAGCCUUGGAAUUAGAUUCAUAUUCGACGUUUUGUUAACUUUAAAACUAUGACUUGGAUAUCAUUGUAUUGUUAUCUCAAGCAUUUUACAUUUCGUGGAAGAUUGCAGUCCUGCUCCUGCAAAA